AUGGCCCCCAUCGCAUCCACCUCCGCCCCCGCCAAGAAGGGCAAGAAGCCCCAGCCCCAGCCCCGCGCCCCUGUGCCCCUUCCCGCCAGCUUCGACAAGUCUCAAGCCGAGAAGGCUGUCAAGGCGCUCAUCGCCCACCACACCAAGGUCGCCGCGAAGAAGGAGGAAGAGGAGCUUCUGCCGAAGGAGGAGCAUGUCUGGGUUGUCGUCAACACCAAGCAGGGUACUACCAGACGGAGUGUCAUGCCCCCAACUCCCCCACCCUCCCCUCGCCCCCCCCCCGCGACUUCCGUCUGCCUUAUCGUCAAGGACCCCCAAAGAGAGUACAAGGAUCUCCUCGCUACCCACAACAUCAAGUUUGUUGCCCGAGUGGUCGGCGUGGAGAAGUUGAAGGGAAAGUUCAAGCCUUACGAGCCGAGGAGGGAGUUGAUGAGGGAUCACGAGUUGUUUUUGUGUGAUGACAGAGUGGUGCCGUUGAUGCCCAAGUUGUUGGGCAAGAUGUUCUUUGAAGCCAAGAAGCAACCCAUCCCCGUCAACCUCGCCCGCAAAGACCUCAAAGCCGAGCUCGGCCGCGCCAUCUCCUCUACCUACUUCCACCCCUCCACUGGUACCUCCACCUCUACCCGCCUCUCCACCCCCUCCAUCACCACCCCCGCCCAGACCCUCGCCAACCUUCUUGAAUCUCUUCCUCAGAUCGUCGCCCAUAUUGAGGGCGGAUGGGAUGGUGUGCUGAGCGUCGGAGUGAAGACGAGUGGAUCGGUCAUGGUUCCUGUUUGGACGAGCGCGCUUGGUGGAAGGUUUGAGAAAAAGGAGAAGGCGAAGAAGGGCGAGAAGGAGGGAGCUAUGGAGGUUGAGGAGAAGGAAGCUACCCCCGAGCCCGUCGUCAAAGCCGCCGCCCCUGCCGCGAAGAAGGAGGAGAAGAAGAAGGUCGCCAAGGCCGCUGCCUCUGCUGAGGAGAAGCCCAAGAAGAAGUCGUCGACUGUCGGAUCUGGUAGCGCGGGCAAGAGGGCCAAGGAGGUUGUCGUCGGCAAGAAGGUGAAGAAGGUCAAGAGCAAGGCGUAG